GCUAGCUUAAUUCCGUGUUAUAAAAAGGAGUACAGGAGAGACCCAUCGCCUCUUCCUUUUCCCUCUUUCUUAUUGAUUUCUUCUUCCUCAUUCCUUCUUUUUCUCCUCCUCCGGCAUCUGCUUGUGGCUGUGAUUCAGCACAGCGACUUGUGGCCUCAUCAUCAAAAUUGCGUCAAAAAGGAAAGUCUUAAAGGAACAAAAUUAAAGGGAGGAAGGAAGGAAGGAAUUAGUAAAGAAGAAGAUCGAGAAAUCCAAAUAGCAAACAUGGUUUUUCCAUCCGUUCCUCUCUAUCUUGAUCCACCGAACUGGAACCAGCAAGCUCGUCGGCAAGGAAGCAGCGGUGUGGUUUCUCAGCUUCCGCCUGCGGGAAUGGCAGCGGCGCAGCGGACGGAGACGGGGAUGGCGGCCGGGUCGAUCCGGCCGGGGUCUAUGGCGGACCAGGCGCGGCUCGCCAAGAUCCCGCAGCCGGAGCCGGGGCUCAAGUGCCCGCGCUGCGACUCCACCAACACCAAGUUCUGCUACUUCAACAACUACUCGCUCUCCCAGCCGCGCCACUUCUGCAAGACCUGCCGCCGCUACUGGACCCGCGGCGGCGCGCUCCGCAGCGUCCCCGUCGGAGGAGGGUGCCGCCGCAACAAGCGCAGCAAGCCCGCCGCGGCCAGCUCCUCCAAGACCUCCGCCGCCGCCGCCACGCAGGCCUCCGCCGCCUCCUCCGGUGCAAUCGCGUCGUCCCAUUUCGUCUUCCACUCGCAGUUACCCUUCAUGGAGUCCUCGUUGCAUCCGCUGCCGCCGGACUUCAACUUCGGGACGACGAGCUUCUCCGGCAUGCAACCCCCCGUCGACGCCGCCGACUACCACCUCGGCGGCGGCAUUGGCGCCGGCGUCGUGGGGCUCGAGAGCUUAAGGCUUCAGCAAAUGCAACAGUUUCCUUUAUUCGGAGGUGGGAAUAUACUAGACCACCACCUACCUCCGCCGCCGCCGCUGCCACUUCAGUCGAUUUCCGGGCAAUACUCUUACGGCGGGGAAGGGAGUGGAUUCUCCGGCGGAUUAUUCCCUGGGCAAGCUACAAUGUCGAAGCACUCCAAUUCCGAGCUCAUCUCCCAGCUCGCUUCUGUAAAAAUGGAAGACAGCCAACACUCGCAUAACUUUCCGAGAAACUAUCUCGGUGUUUCUCGCGACGACCAAUUCUGGAACGGUGGCGGCGAUGUCGGAGGCAGUGGCGGCGCCGCCGGUGGCUGGGAUAUCCCGGGAUUCAACUCGUCAUCAGGAUUAGUGAAAAGGAUUCGCCAUAUCUCACAAAAAUCAAAACCCUAAUUCCAACUCCUAGGCUCCAUGGGGUUGCAGAAAAAUUGCACGCAUGUAUGCUAGGAAGAAAGAAAGGUGUUUGAUGAAAUGGCCAAGAAGGAGAAUGCUUCAUGAGGAAGUAGCUAGCGAUUUGUUCGAGAGGGGUCCAGGAAUCUGGGUCCUCUCGCCUUUCCCAAACACCAAGGCCGUUCUCCUCUCAGCUCUCCCUCAAGAGAGAAUAAAGGUGGCCCGAGGCCGUGAUAAUGAACAAAUAAAAGGAAAAGGAAAAAAGAGAGAAGUUGCAGCUCGGUUUUAAUUGUCAGAUGUGAUCAGUGAGGGGUGGGUGUGGCUGGCACAUACAAACGUAGUAGAAUUGGAAACUGGAAAUCUGAGAGGAGAUGGAGCCAAGAAAAAGCAAAAAAAGGUCAGGCAAUGUUAAUGUACGAGAAGUACUGCAAACUGAUUCCAAAGCAAGCAGGUGUGCAUUGCACUAGUGCAUCUCUCUGUGUGUAUGUGUGUGUGAGAGAGAGAAUUACAUCAAGACAAGUUUAUCAGCAUGGCAUGCAGUGGAGUGGGAUGCACACAAUGUGUCUGAAAUAAUGUAGUAUUCUUCUGCUAGGGAAGCAUGAACUUUGCAACUUUUGCUUUAUUGAUUAACGAUGAGUUGGACCUCCUGAUCUCCUUCCUACUCUGUGAGACAGGAGAUUGGAUAUUUGUUUAAAGGAAAGUAGUAUGUAUAGUAAGGCUAGAA